GUAUUCCCCCGCUUGCUUGUGUCAUUAAAAGCUACCAAGCACGGCCAAUCCGAAAGGACACGCGACACGCGACACGCAAUAUCGCUAUUCUUAACAUUGUUCCUCUCAAAGGAAUUUUGACAAACAGGGAGGGAGCGACAGGAAGAGCGGCAACGAUGGGGAAGGAUCUCAGCGAAGAUCAAGUGGCCUCAAUGAAGGAAGCAUUCUCGCUAUUCGAUACGGAUGGCGAUGGCCGGAUUGCAGCGUCGGAACUUGGGAUCCUGAUGAGAUCUCUGGGAGGAAACCCUACACAAGCGCAACUCAAGGAGAUCGUAGCUCAGGAGAAGCUGACCUCCCCUUUCAAUUUCCCUCGUUUCCUGGAACUCAUGAGCAAACACAUGAAGUCCGAGCCCUUCGAUCGCCAGCUCCGUGACGCAUUCAUGAUCAUCGACAAGGACUCCACCGGUUACGUUACCGUCUCCGAACUACGCCACAUCCUAACCAACAUUGGUGAGAAGCUCGAGCCCGCUGAAUUUGAUGAGUGGAUCCGUGAGGUCGAUGUUGGAUCCGAUGGUCGGAUCCGCUACGAAGAUUUCAUUGUCCGGAUGGUCGCCAAGUGAGAUUUUAUUAUAUAGACAAAUAUUCAUCAGUUUCAUACCCAAUUAAUUGUUGUCUGUAGUUGGUACGUUCUUUCAAUUUUUCUUGUCUGGGAUUUGGGGUUUGUUUGAUUUUCUAGAUGGUGGUUGCUAUCCCUUUUUUUGAGUUGUCAAUUAAAGCAAUGGUGAUUAAUUGGGAGAUCUGGGGUAAUAGUUGUUCCUGGCGUAUUCGCAGAUUAUCUAUGUGCAUAAUAUAUAAGCAUGUAUCUGCACCCUUUUUGAAUUUUGCGGUUUUAAUAUAAUUUGCAGUUUGUUUA